AUGACGGUGCUGAUCACGGGCGCUGGAGGCUUUCUCGGCUCGCUGCUCGCCGACAACCUGGUACGGCUUCAGCCGCAAAAUACGUUCCAAUUCAUCCUCGUCGAUGUCCGCACGCCACCUGCGCCCAAGACUGCGGGCAUCAAGAGCGUGUGUCUCGGCGCCGAUCUCACCACCGCCUCUGGUGUCGACUCGAUCUUUCGCACAGACCUGGGUCUGCCCUCUGUCAUCUACUCCCUGCACGGUAUCAUGUCCAAAGGCUCCGAAGACGACUGGGAUCUCGGCUUCAAAGUCAACUUCGAAUCGACCAAAUCGCUGCUCGACAAGGCCAAGGAGCUAGUCCCAGGGAUCAAAUUCAUCUUUGCUUCGUCUGUCGGUGUGUUCGGUGGCAAGCUACCGGACGUUGUCACGCCCGACACGUAUCCUCGACCGGAGUCCAACUACGGAACGGCCAAGGUGAUGUGCGAGUACCUCGUGACGGAGUACUCUCGCAAAGGGUUCAUCGACGGACGAGCGGUGAGGCUGCCCACCAUCACGGUUCGACCAGGUGCUCCCGCCGCAGCCACCACAGCCUUUGUCUCUGGUAUCAUCCGGGAACCUCUUCAAGGUCUGCCCGCCACAUGUCCGAUCGGCAAGAGCGCCGACGAUCCCCUCCUCGAAUCCACCCUUCUGUGGAUCUCUUCACCCAGCACGGUGCUGGAAAACUUCGUCAUCGCCAAAGACAUCCCCGCCGACAAAUUCCCCAGGUACUCGCGGGCGGUCAAUCUGCCCGGUUUCACAGUGAGCGUCAAGGACCAGGUGGAAGCACUGCGGAAGGUGGCAGGCGACGAGGCGGUCGAGUUGAUCAAGUUUGAAAAAGACGAGGUGUGCGAGAGGUUGGUGAGGACUUUCCCGGCCAAGUUUGAUAACGAGUUUGCGUUGGGGAUCGGAUUCAAGGUGGAUCGAGGUGGGUUUGAGGCCAAUGUGAGGGAGUUUCAGGAGUUUUUGGCAGCAAACAAGACGGGAUAG